GUGGCUGGCAUCCAGUAGCCUUUUCCCUCUGUCAUGCAUUCACACAAGAGCAUCUCUGCAGAAAAUUGGGAAGUGGGAGAAGAAGAACAGGGUGGUUUACCCUCCACAGCUGCCUGGAGAGCCUCGCAGACCUGCUGAAAUAUAUCACUGUCGGAGGGAAAUAAAAUACAGCAAAGAUAAGAUGUGGUACCUGGCAAAACUGGUAAAAGGAAUGUCCAUUGAUGAGGCUCUCGCUCAGUUGGAAUUUAAUGACAAAAAGGGAGCAAAGGUGAUCAGAGAGGUCCUGUUAGAAGCACAGGAAUUGGCUGUAAGAAAGCACAACGUGGAAUUCAAAUCAAAUUUACAUAUAGCUGAGUCCCUGACGGGCAGAGGUCGCUAUGUGAAGAGGAUUCGUUACCAUGGCAAAGGAAUGUUUGGCAUCAUGAAGAUCUCCAGGUGCCACUACUUUGUGAAGCUGGUGGAAGGUCCUCCUCCUCCUCCAGAGCCACCAAGGACUGGCUUUGACCAAGCAAAAGAAUAUGUGCAGCAGCUGAGGAACAGGACCCUUGUUCAUACACUGUGACAAGCUUUUGUGACUAUAUGUGCUGCUUCUUGUUUGACAAUGUAAUUAUGUAAAAUAAUGAUUAAAAUAAUGCUUU